CAGUGAAAAGAUAAACAAAAUAAUGUCACUCGUCUUGUCAAAAACUGGAACACGAUUUAAAACUGGAACACGAUUCAAUAUAAUGCUGAAUUACAACCAGUUGUCAAAAUGACUGCGGCUGUGCAAUCCCGUCGGAUUGCCGCUGUCGUCGGGGCGCUUGUAGCCGACGCUUCAGCCCAGCCAAUUCAUUGGAACUACAAUGUCAACAAAUUAGACGCUUUGUUAAGAGAUGCGACGGAAGUGGCAUUUUGGGAACCAUCUGCUAAUCCAUUCUACAAACUUCCGCUCGGGAGCCAGAGUUGCUAUGGAGAUCAAUCAUUUGUCAUUCUCAAAUCACUUGUAGAAAAUGGAGGGUUAAACAUGGAACAUUUGAAACAGUCCACUUUUGACUGGUUUGGUCCAAAAUCACAGUAUGAGAACCCAACAAACGCGGUUUAUAAAAUCAAAACAGAUGCAGAAAAGGCAACCACGUAUCCUAUAGAAGGACCAUGGAGACAUUUCAGUAUCAAAGAUUUCAUCAAGAAUAUUUUGGAAGAGAAGCCUACAACUGGAUCUGAAACAGACGCUCAGAUGGAUUGUACAUUACGGAUUGUGUCAGUGGUGGCGCUGUAUGCUGGUCGACCGGAAAUGCUUGAUAAAGCGGAAGAAGUAAUCAGGUCAACUCAGAAUUCUGAUACUAGCGUGGCUGUGGGACUGGCUGCCGCAAGAUUGUUAGAAUACUAUAUUUUGAAUGGCAAAAUGGAGGACGCGGUUGACCACGUGAUAGAAGAUCUAUCAAGUCAGAAUCGAAAAAACGCUCAAGAUCUCGACAAAGCCUUGGCCUCCUUUCUAAGAGAAGUACUCCGGAAGAGGGAUGAGCCGCACAUUAAGACGGCUCGAACCUUCCGGAUUGACUGAGUAAUCCCGGGAGCUUUUCAGUCUGCUGUACACGGUGUGAUAACUGGUAAAGACUACCGCUCAGGCGUUGAAACAACUCUCCGUGCUGGAGGUUGUAAUGCUUCACGUGGUGGAUUUAUCGGCGCAUGCCUUGCUGCGCAGCAUGGAUUGUCAAGUAUCCCGGAUAGCUGGAAGGAAAAGACCACAAGAUAUCAGGAAAUAUUACAACAAGCUGAGAAACUCGUGCAAAUUAAGCUAGAUUAAAUUUUGCAUAUUGUGACGGUCCCGUUUUUUAAGCUUUUAUUAUAUAAAAAUAUUUGGUUUGUGAUAUAUUUAAGCUCAGGAAAAAAAACAGAUAUAGUCUAGUGUUUGCUCAAGAAGAAUAUAUGCAGUCAGCCUGACGUACGAAACUCUUGGUUACCUAUGCCAAUUCAAAAUUGUGCGCUCGAAUAGUUCUAUGGAAUUAAGGGGGGUAAUUUUUUUUGCUGAUGUCAUUAGAUUUACCACCUAAGAAGCUGUAGCUUUUAAGAGGCUGUAACUUAUAAGAAGACCAAUGCUCAUUAAAGAGACUCCACUGAGUUUUUUUGACAUGAUGAGACUAAAAAUAUUUUCCAGAUAAAUGUACCAUUUAAUGUAGGUUUAGAACACUAAUCUUUGUGCAAAAUUUCAGAUCAUUCGCGCUUUUUGUUUUUCCAGAACAAUUAUUAAAAUUGUAAAAAACGACCCACAAUGAAAAGCGUUUAAACGCCUUUUCACUCAAAUCGGGCUAAGAAAAGCAUAAAAAUACGAUUUUCAAUUUAUUUCAAAGUAUAUUUCUUUACUAUCUUUGCAGAUAUCUCUGUUUUAAGUGCCUCAGCUCAUUUAUUUAAGAAUUUCAAAUGUUAUGUGUUUAGGCUUUUAAACCUCAGUGGAGUCCCUUUAAAUUUAUUUCUUUGAAAAUGUAUUAAAAAGUGGAUAAAGGGAGCUAAUCUAGCAUGAAAUACUUCAGGGACACGAUUGUCACUUGCUUUGUCAUCUAGACCAUCUUUUAAAAUGCAAUGAAUAUUUAAUUUAUAUAUCGCCGAUACAGGUUUAAAGUUAAAUAUUUGUAUGUUUGUACAUAGUUAAAAUAUCAAGUGUUCUUAAUUGCUGAUUGAUUAAAAUUAUUUUACUAUAAUCCUGACAUAAGCCCAUACACAUGUACAUUACAUUGAUCUUUAAAAUCGAUUUAAAUUAUGUACACAUGUCUAAAUCUGUUAUACAUAUACUGUAGUUAUAUUAGUAUUUUGCAGUCUACUUUUAUAUAUACAUGUAAGAUCAAUUGAUCACGGUCGGGUGUUUAUGAAAAGUGUGCCAUAAAACUUUGUUAAAGUUGGCACGUUUUGAAGUCUGACCCACUUCUGAUCUAUUGAUAUUAUUUAAUAUGUUAAAAGUAGAUCUGGCCUCACGUCAUGUAUAUUUUUAUGUUAAUGUAUGACGCAUUUAAUCAGUUUAUAAAGACAGAAUUGAGAUAAGCUAAAUGUAUGCAACUGAACAAACAAAAAUGUAUACACAUACACGUACGUUUUGAAUUUGUAUAACUAUAUAUAUGGUUAUGUAAUAUAUAGACAAUAAAUAUUUGUUUACUUA